GAACCAUUUUACCGAAGUACUGGCUGUAGUGUAGCGGCUUGUGUAGCUAGCCUUUUGUGCAUUACCACGAUGUUUAGUACUUGUAUUUUUUUUCGUGAACCUUUCUCUAACAAAAUUUGUUGUAGGAUGCUUCACCAACGAGCGGAUGGCACAUUUCUGGUAAGGGAAUCCACAAAUUUCCCUGGAGAUUACACAUUGUCGAUGACGUAUAGAGGGAAGGUGGAACACUAUCGAAUAUACCAAACGGGAGGACAAAUCACCUGUGAUAACGAGGAGUUCUUCACCAAUCUUACACAACUAGUUUCGCACUACAAACGUGAUGCUGAUGGACUAUGCCAUCGACUCGUAACUCCAGUAAUCUGUGAAAGCUACCAGAUCUUGGCGAAUAAUGCAAAUUUAGAAGACCGAACUAGUGCUUUUAUGAAAGCGGGACUUGUUAUUCCAUCCGGUGAUAUUCGCCUUGGUGACAUUAUAGGUCACGGCGAGUUUGGAGACGUAUUGGUGGGUUAUUACAAAGACAAAAAGGUUGCCGUCAAGGUGUCUAAACGACAUGGUAAUGGUAUGCUGGAUUCUCUACUCGACGAAUCUCGAUUUAUGGUAGGACUGUCUCACCGUAAUCUUGUGGCCCUUAUUGGAGUCGUAUUAGAUGAUGUUAACAUCUACAUGGUGACAGAAUAUAUGGCUAAUGGAAAUUUAGUGGAUUUGUUACGAUCCAGAGGCCGGCAUCAACUUGACAAGUUACAGCUGGUGCAAUUUGCAAUAGAUAUUUGCGGAGGAAUGUGCUAUCUGGAAUCUCGCCAAAUCGUUCACCGAGAUCUGGCUGCUCGUAACGUGUUGUUGGAUGAAGAGUAUGUGGCGAAAGUUAGCGAUUUUGGAUUAGCCAAAAAGGCACACUCGUCUUCUCAGGACAAUACGUCUGGAAAGUUUCCGAUUAAGUGGACAGCUCCUGAAGCUUUGCGACAUAGUAAUUUCUCGUCUAAGAGUGACAUGUGGUCUUUUGGAGUGUUGUUAUGGGAGAUUUUUUCGUUUGGUCGUGUACCAUAUCCACGGAUUCCAAUACAAGAUGUGGUACGUCACAUAGAAAGAGGUUAUCGAAUGGAAGCACCAGAAGGAUGUCCUACGGAUAUUGUUCGCAUAAUGAAUGACGCUUGGGCCUUAAAACCACAAGAUCGACCAUCGUUUGGACAGGUGAUAUUCAAGCGCUUUUGUUGA